AUGACCAUCCUAUUGUCCCAACCCCAUUUAACGAUUGAGAGGUGCACCACCCUCAAUCCAUCUACUUUGCUCCCCACCUCAGAGGAUGGCACACCUCACAACUGCUUAGAACAGAUUUCUGAGCGGAUGUUGCCAAGACCAGACUUGAAAGAUUGCCCUUUGCCACAGUCCGACCUCAUACUGUUUGUUGAUGGGUCCGCUAGCAAAAAUGCAUUUGGGAAAAAUCUGGUAGGGUAUUCCGUGGUAACAAGUGAUACAAUAUUGGUGGCCAAGGCACUCCCCUCCACAUGCUCAGCUCAAGCGGCAGCCCUGACAGAAGCCUGUAAGAUAGGAGAACAAAAGAGAAUUACAGUUCAUACCGAUAGUCAAUACGCCUUUUCCACCUGUCAUGUUUUUGCCCAGCAGUGGAAAAAUAGAGGCAUGGUCACUUCCACCGGUAAGCCCAUCUCACAUAAAGACCUUAUCAUACAGUUAUUGGAUGCUAUCCAACUACCAAAAGAAUUGGCCAUCUGCAAAUGUGCUGCACACACAAACCAGACUGAUCCAGUAUCAGUAGGAAAUGCCAAAGCCGAUGCAGCUGCAAAAGCAGCCGCACAACACAUUCAAGCUUUAGCCACAUCACCAGACACCACCUUUUUAGAUCAACGGUUACUCAAAGACAUGCAAGAUACUGUCAGCGAAGCAGAACGCCACAAAUGGGUUUCUAAAGGGGCCCAACUUAGACAGGGUAUAUAUUAUUGCCCCGCAGGAAAACCAAUCCUUCCCACUACACUGUUUCGCUAUGCUGCAAUUUUGAGUCAUGGGCAAAGCCAUGUCUCAACAGGAGGGAUGGUAACUAUUAUAAACAAAGUCUUUACAACAUAUGGAUUCUCAAACUACUCAAAAAAGUUUUGUUUGGCAUGCCAUAUCUGUAACAAAUAUAAUGCACAAGGCGCUCUGCGUCCCAAACAAGGGCAGUUUCCACCAGCAACAUACCCAUUUCAGACAAUCUGCAUGGAUUUUAUUGAACUCAAUAAGUGUGAGAACAAGAAAUACUGCCUUGUAAUUAUCGAUGCCUUUUCCAGAUGGGUGGAGGCUUUUCCAUUACACACGUCAGAUGCCCUCAGUGUGGCCAAGGCACUUACAAAAGAGAUUAUUCCACGAUUUGGGAUACCAGAACACAUCUAUAGUGAUAACGGUUCCCACUUCGUAAACCAGAUCAUCACCCAACUAACUAAACAUUUCUCUAUUUCACUAAAAAAUCAUUGUGCUUAUCAUCCACAAUCAGCGGGGUUAGUGGAAAGACACAAUGGCAUAUUGAAAAACAAGCUAAGGAAAUUAAUGGAAGAAACCAAAAUGACAUGGAUACAGUGCCUACCAUUAGCAUUAUUGGCCAUAAGAAUUACUCCCAGCCACAAAAGGUUAACCCCUUUCGAGGUAAUCUAUGGCAGACCAUACCGUAUACCUCAACUUAGCCAAUUCCAGACCAGUGAGGAGGAGGCAGAUCAGAGUUUAGCUGAGCAUAUGUGCAGAAUGUUAAAUAAACAAGAGCUUCUUACUCCAAAUUCUCUUCCAGAUACCGGAGAACCCAUCCCAAUAGAACUUGUGAAGCCUGGAAACUACGUGUGGGUAAAGGUAAUAAAAAAGAAGAAUUGGGCGACUCCACGGUGGGAAGGGCCUUAUCAGGUAUUAUUGUCCACCCCCACUGCUGUAAAAAUUGCAGAAAGGGUGUCCUGGGUACAUGCCAGCCAUUGUAAACUAGUAAAAGAACUAGGGCAAGUGACCAGGGAACCCAAAUAGUCCUUUGAAUACAGUCUGACUACAAAGGGGGUUCUCUCCACUAAGGAGGGGGUCGUCUCAACGUCAGUGAAGAACCAUGGGACUAUUUGGGAGCAGCAGCAGAAAUAGGGAAAGAGUAGAACAAUACGAUACCUGGACACCAUUCUCAAGGUGGGGUUGUGCAGGCAUGUUAGCACUAAUAAUGUUUUUUAUCUUAUUCCCUUGGCUUUUCUUCCCCUUAUAUCAUAAUGCUGCCAACCACAACACUACACCUGCUGGGGAGCAUCCCCCAUUCCCAAGAAAUAGGACUCCCCGGAGUAUAGGUACAACAGGCAGACAGGAUUGGGGACCACUUCCCAAGUAUUAUUCAUAUCCACCGUGGAGCAAACCUUUAGACAUUACCAUUAUCGAAGGAACCACUACCACAGUUGAAUUUGAUGCCUGUGACGUAAUUCGGUGUGAUUCCUUAGAGGCCGCUAGAUCCUUUUCCUGGGAAAAUAAGUAUAUGUGCAUUAUUGCACACCCCAACCCUGGACUAAAGCCCUGCCCAGAUUGGUCCACAAUCUGGUGGAGUACAGAUCCCCAAGGGUGGGAGAUAGCACCAUGGGUAGGAGACUUAAAGAAAUUCAUGCAGCAGCGGAUUUCCAUAAUAAAGAAAGCCCCAUCUGCUUACUGCACGAUCAAGUCAUGUAACCCACUGCUCCUAACCAUUAAAAAU